AUGGCGGAAAUCAUUCUCCCAACAAACUCUUGUGACAUGAAACAGCUGCCCGUCCGGUCAGGUCUAGGCUUUGAGAAAAGCCGAAGAGUCUGUGAUCUGACUCAUGCUUUCACUUCAGUUGUGCUGUUGAAUCUUGUUGGUUUAUGCCAGCUAAUUGGGGCAACUGCACACGGCGCAGAGGACGGUGAGGAGGGGACGCGUCUGGCGGAUAAUAUAGUGCCCCCCACCCCCACCACGGUGUGCAUGAAACGCUCUCCCCUCGCCUACUCCCCCCACCCCAUCCGGGCUUCGCGCGAAGAGAACAACCCAUCUACCCUAAUCAGAGGUGACAACAACCUUUUAGACCAGUGGGUGGGGUGUCAUGCGAGGAUGCGGUGGGGCGAGGCUGCUGUACUCGAAGGUCGUGGAAUCCAUGAAGGUGAGGGUGGAAUUGGAGAGGUGUCCUACUUCAAAACCCCUACUGUAUUUUCGACGUAA